UUUAUUCAUAAUUACAAUAAAUAAUUUCAACGUGGAAUACGUAAAUAGUGAUUUUCGUUCAUUUUUUAGAUACGAAAACGUGAUCACAGAUAAAGUACAAAUGCAAAAUGGAGUUUAAACCGCCGAAAGGAUUGUCGUUCAGUGGUGAUGUCUCCCAGAACUGGAAGUUCUUCAAUCAAAAAUUCAAUCUGUUCCUAAGUGCCAAUGAAUACACCAAGAAAGCCGAUACUGUAAAAAUUGCAAUGCUGUUGAACUCGGUGGGUGACGAAGGUCUUCGUAUAUUCAAUACAUUUAAACUGUCGGCUGAGGAUGAGAAGUCAUUCGAUAAGGUUUUUGAGGCAUUCGACAAGUACUGUACUCCCAGGAAGUCAAUCGUUCUCAACAGAUACAAGUUUUUCAACAGGACUCAAAACGAAUCCGAACCGUUCGAUCAAUUUCAGACAACGUUAAAAAGUUUAGCACGCGAUUGUGAGUUUGGCGAUCAAGAGGACUCCUUAAUUAGAGACAAAAUAAUUAUUGGGUUAAAAAGUUCAGCGUUACAAGAACGACUACUAAGAGAAACUGAUCUUACGUUACAAAAGACUAUCGAACAUUGUCGAGCAUAUGAAGCAAGUCAGACGGAGGCACAGGCAAUUCAAGGAAGUUCAUCCUCCAGUGGAAUUACCAUUGAAGCACUGAAAAAAUCUGUUAACACAAAUACGAGCAAAAAUCAAUUCAUACCAGGUAAAUUUAAAUGUGUCAACUGCAACACGACUCAUGGUAAAAAUGAAUGUCCCGCCUAUGGCAAACGCUGUCGCAUUUGUAACCGGGUGAAUCAUUUUGCGAUUGCAUGCAAGUCCGCACACCACAGGCGAACAGUUGGAAGACCCAAUUUUAAGUCCGUACAUGAAGUAGUUACAGAGCAUCAAGAAGAUGGGGAGGAAAAUUGCGAAGGAGAUGAUUUUUUAUUUAUAAAUAAGAUUGCCAGUAGUGGUGUUAAUAACAAGAGCUGGCUACAAGAAAUAGACAUUAAUGGAUUUCCUGUAAGUUUUAAAAUUGACACAGGUGCAGAUGUCAACGUUUUACCUACUAAAAUUUACAACGAGGUAUGUCCUAAUGUUAAGUUAAAAUCAUUUAACAAGCCUAUAAUUGCAUACGGAGGUUUCCAUCUCAGAACUGAAGGGUUAAUGAAAACCAAUUGCACACCAAGAGGAAGAGAUCCAGUUGAAUUAGAAUUUGUCGUUAUUAAUACACAAGCAAGUCCACUAUUAAGUUUAAAUACAUGUAUCCAGUUAAAUCUUGUCAGUAGAAUACAUACUGUGGAGAACGAGGCAAUAGUACAUAUCCUAGAAGAUAAUGUCGUCGAAAGAAAUAAUUUCAUCCAGAGUAAUAGUACGUGUUUUACCGGUUUAGGUAAAUUACCAUUUACCUACAAGAUACAGCUUAAAGAAGAUUCUGUACCAGUCGUAAAGCCUGUUAGAAAAAUUCCAGAAGUGAUUAAACCGAAGUUGAAAAUCGCAUUAAGUAAAAUGGAAGGAAGUGGAAUUAUUUCGAAAGUAAGCAACCCUACCGUUUGGGUAAAUGAUUUAGUUAUAGUGGAAAAGCGAGAUGGAUCAAUUCGAAUUUGCUUGAGUCCCUUAGAACUUAACAAGUGGAUUAAACGAGAGCAUUACCAUAUAGGCAUAUACCAACGAUAG